AUGGCACAACAAUUCUGCCUAGAUGCGCCUAGCCCUAUGAUUGCCAAUGACGGGCGAGGUGGCUACAACAUUGAAAACUUUACUUUCUACGCGUCUUCCGUGAACGGAGACGCACAAGAAUGCGCUGCAUGUGAAGCUUCUACCAUAAACAUAAGACGACGAAUAAUAUUCUCCGCUCCCAAAAAGCUCUACUCUAGAGUAUUGAUAAGUAGUAAGAGUAAUGUUGAUAAAGAUUGUUACUUACAAUGUGUAAUCGAGACAUGCCGUUUUGAUUCAUAA